AUGGUGCCGGGUGCUGAUGACACGGCCUUCCAUUCAAAUGUACCCGUAGCAGUGGACGUAGCAGUGGCAAUAAUCUACUCUGUAUUUGGAGUCUGCUCCGUCUUCGGCAACGGCACGUUGCUGUACGUCUCCCACAAGAAAAAGCAGCCGCUGAAGCCCGCCGAGCUCUUCAUCGUCAACCUGGCCGUCAGCGACGUGUGCCUGACGCUGUCCCUCUACCCCAUGGCGAUAACUUCCAGCUUCUCUCACAGGUGGCUGUAUGGGGAAACGGUGUGCUACACGUAUGCUUUCUGUGGCAUGUUGUUCGGCCUCUGCAGUCUGACUACAUUAACCAUGCUGAGCAUGGUGUGCUUUCUGAAAGUGUGCUAUCCGCUCUAUGGGAACCGGUUUAACACUGCUCAUGGGUGUUUGCUGAUCGCCUGUACUUGGGCCUACGCUCUGCUGUUCGCCUGCGCCCCGCUGGCCCACUGGGGCGAGUACGGACCGGAGCCUUAUGGCACCGCCUGCUGCAUCGACUGGAGUCUGUCCAAUCAGCGCAGCGAGGCGCGCUCCUACACCGUGGCGCUGUUCGUCUUCUGCUACAUCCUCCCGUGCUGCGCUAUCGCGGCGUCGUACACAGGCAUCGCGGUCAUGGUGCGUUCCUCCCGCAAAACCAUGGAGCAGCACACAGCUAGGAAGAGGCACAUGACCAACAUCCAGACAGUUAUUGUUAAGCUAAGUGUCGCUGUCUGCAUUGGCUUCUUAGCGGCGUGGAGUCCCUACGCUGUGGUAUCUAUGUGGGCCACGUUCGGACACGUUGAAAACAUCCCUCCUCUGGCUUUCGCAAUGCCGGCCAUGUUUGCCAAGUCCUCCACCAUCUACAACCCCAUCAUCAACCUGAUGCUGAGGCCCAAUUUGCGCAAGGUGAUGUGCAGGGAUCUGGGCAAGCUGCGGCGUGCCUGUCUGAGGGUCUGCCUCUGCUCCCUUGGUCCAGAGAAAUUCCACCACUUCAAGCCCAUGAUCAGACCCGGGGUUUGCACCAUCUGCAGGCAGACUGACCAAGUCUGUUCCGCCAACGCCUCCGUCCGAACUCAUGCGGUGGGGGCAAAGGUCGGCAGAGGCUGCGAGAGGUGCAGUGACACUUUUGAAUGCUUUAGACAAUACCCUCGAGUGUGCCACAUCGCCAGUCCCGUCGUAGGCGGCGAAACACCGGAGAACCUGGGCGUUCCACCUCCAGAGCCCCGAACAAAUGCACUAAACCCAAAGAGAGCCUGUCGCAAAACGUUUCUGCGGAACAUCCCUGUGCGCAGAAAACAGACCUCUGAGAUAGAUAAUCUCCAGAUCAAUCUGGAGCUGGUACCAGGACAUACCAAAGUGGCUUGGCCUUGA